GCUCUCGGGCCGCGUCCUUGCCAAGGCCGUUUCGCUUUGAUUCGACAGACUGAAGUGCUCUACUACGCCUCCACGUUUUCGCAGGAGCACUUGCAAGUACGUCCGCGAUCGCUACGCACUUCCACCUGGUAGGCAGCAGCUCAGUGCUCCACCUGGCAAGCGCAUAAGACCAUGCGACGCUCCCCAUUCCUCCGCGUCGUUGGCGCUCUCGCACUGCUCACGGCCGACGCAUCUCUGGGAGGUCUCUCGCACGGUCUCGGCCUCGUGCCGCGGAGCCAGCGCUCGGGCCUGGUCAAGCGAAGACGCGUGCAGGCGCCGGCCACCGCGACCGACCGCAUCGCGCAAGUGACGAUCGGCGCGUACGUCGCGCAAGUGGCGCGGCCGAGCCUCGCCGCUUUGGGCGCGCGGUCGACGCGACUUAUUUUAAGAGCGGGCCAGUGGUGGCGCCUCGCCACACCAAUGCUGCUGCACGGCUCGCCAGCGCAUCUGAUGGUCAACAUGCUCGCGCUCCGAAAUGUCGGCGGGGCUCUGGAAAGGGCCUACGGCUCGAAGCGGACCGCGCUCGUCUACGCGUUGGCUGGUGUCGGCGGCAACGUGCUGCCCGUGGUCCUCAAAGGCAUGUCGGACUCGGCGCUGUCCGUCGGCGCGUCGGGUGCCGUCGCCGGCCUCGUGGGCGCGCUGGCGGUGCACCUCUAUCGGCAUUCUCACCUAUACGGGACGAGCGGCCUCAAGUCGAUCCGCGACACGGUCCUGAUGAACGCCGCGCUGGGCAUGACGUCUCACAAUGUUGAUAAUCUGGCGCACCUCGGCGGGCUCCUCACGGGCGCGGCGUCGGCAUAUGUGUUUGGGGCCAACUGGGUGCGGCCCUACGAGGGUGCCCAACACUACGUCGACCGACCAUUAGUACGUCUGUUUUAACAUGUAUCACAC